CCAAUUAAGUCAUGGGAGGAAUUGAAAGACAUAGACGAAUUGUGCCGCAACGAUUCCACACGUUAUAUCCAAUGCAUUAAAGCGAUAGUUUCUCCAGAGGGUAUAGAAAAAAACUUUCAUCGUCUUGUGGACAGAAAAUUAAUCCAACUUUUAAAUUAUGACGGCGUAAGUAACAAAGCCCCUUUCAAGGACUUUACUUUCCUGAAUAGCGCCAUAUUUGAAGCAAUCAAAAGCGAAGGCUACACUAACAAGGAAUACGUCCGAGAUAUUAGGAAUAGUUUUAAGUUAUAUAAAAACCUAUUUUAUAAAAAGCGUUACGAGGAAAGAAAGAAGAAUAGAAAUCCACAGUAGCAUUAUUUCACUUUACCUUUAGUUAUUUUAUAAACUCGCAUGUUUCAAAAAUACCAUAUGGACUUAGGCAGGUUUGAUAAGCAUACAUAUAUCGACUCAUCUGUUACAAUCUGUAAUGGCAGAGCACAAUAUGAUUGGUUGGAAUGGAUUAAAACAAUUUUGAUUUACAAUUACGGCAGAACUUACCCUUGAAUAAAUCGUUAAUGUAGUACGUGUGUAUAACUACUUACAACAUAAUUAUUAUCUUUUUCGUUUGACACAAUUUUAGUUUUAAAUUUUGUUUGUGAAACAAAUUUAUAUUUAAAUUUAAAAGAAUUCUGAAUUACAUUUUAAGUUUUAAAUAUAAUAUGCUACUUGUUAAUUACUUAUUGCAAAAUGAGAAAAUAUAGUAAUAUAAAACUAGACUAAAAUAUGAACAACUGAAUUGAGGCAAAUGUAGAAUGAAUUUGGUAUGGGGCAGUCAUGAACAUAUGGGCAUAUGCAAUGGGCAGAUAAAAAAUAAAAGAUCUAGUAAGCGCAAAAGUUAUUGGCCAAAAUGUUUCAAAUUAUUUAAAUACCAUAUAAACUUCUUAUUUUAGGUUUGUUCAUCAAAAAUGCAACAAGAAUUAUUCACCACUCAAAAUAUCAGCAGGAAAAAAUCUCGCUCAAGUAGAGAAA